CUUAAUAAUUCAAAUUAACCUCUUGAAAUGGUUUGCCUAGAGACUGAAGCAAGAGAGAACUUGCAAAUAAAAGAGAAAUUUGGUCAUUGCCUGAGUUAUAUUUUGCCAAGUACCGGAAAUCCUGUGGUGCAUUGGCCCUCCUACUCUAAGCUUUAUCAACAACUUUGUGAAGGGAUCACACUAAACAAUGGAACUAAGAUUUAUUGGUUUGAUAAGAAGGGAAAGGGUAAUGGGUACUUCCUACUUCCAAAAUCCCUCUCAAUAGCUUGGAUUGAUGAUCGUCGGUACUGGAAAUGGAUAUUUGUGGAGCUCUCCGGUAAGAAACUUGAAGUGGCUGAGCUUAUAAGAGUAAGUUGGCUAGAUGCACGUGGGAAGAUAAAGGAAUAUAUGCUAUCACCUGGCAUCGUAUACGAAGUAUUGUGUCAUCUUUUGUUAAAGCCUGGUGCCUCUGGAUGGCAUGAACCUAUUAACUUUGGACUUACCUUUCCAGAUGGGAAAACAUAUGUGAACCAAGAAAGCCUAGAGUGUAGGCCACGAGAUGUUUGGUUUACGGUUAAGGUCGGGGAAUUCAAGGUCGACGAUAGACAUGGUUGUGACAGUACUAAGGAGUACGAGUUUAGCAUGUAUAACCACGGUGGACAUUGGAAGACGGAGAUGAUCCUUAAAGGUUAUGAAAUUCGACCAAAGCAAUCAAGUUGCGGAUGCUAAAAAUAUGAAUCUCUAAAUCUCUCACUCCCAAUACCCUACUUUACUUGUAGUUUGGUUUAAAUAAAUGAGAGAGGUAUACUACAAACUGUAGUUGUUUUCUAAUAUAUAAACAACAAUAUCACUAUGUAAUACAGUAAAGAUAUAUAUGAUAUAUAAAUUUACCUUUUA